GGCGGGGCCGACCGUGAGCGGCGGACAUGGCGCAGCGCGUGGGGAAGCGGCCUUGCGGCCCGGGUGAACAUGGCCAAAGGAUCGAGUGGCGAAAGUGGAAGCAACAGAAAAAAGAGGAAAAAAAGAAAUGGAAGGACCUGAAACUGAUGAAGAAACUGGAGCGGCAGCGGGCACAGGAGGAACAGGCAAAACGCCGGGAGGAGGAGGCGGCCACCGCGCAGAGCGAGGACCGAGGACGGCCCUACACUCUGAGCGUAGCCCUGCCGGGGUCUAUCCUGGACAACGCGCAGUCGCCCGAGCUUCGCACCUACCUGGCGGGCCAGAUUGCCAGGGCCUGUGCCAUCUUCUGUGUGGACGAGAUCGUGGUGUUCGACGAAGAGGGCCAGGAUGCCAAGACUGUGGAGGGGGAGUUCCGGGGAGUCGGCAAGAAGGGGCAGGCCUGCGUACAGCUGGCCCGAAUCCUGCAGUACCUGGAGUGUCCGCAGUACCUGAGAAAGGCGUUCUUCCCCAAGCACCAGGAUCUGCAGUUUGCAGGGCUCCUGAACCCCUUGGACAGCCCUCACCACAUGCGCCAGGAUGAGGAGUCUGAGUUCCGAGAGGGCGUUGUGGUGGACCGGCCUACGCGACCAGGCCACGGCUCCUUUGUCAACUGUGGAAUGAAGAAGGAGGUGAAGAUAGACAAGAAUUUGGAGCCGGGACUUCGGGUGACUGUACGCCUAGACCAGAAGCUGCCUGCAGAAAACAAGACUCGCCAUGGGAAAGUCGUGUCGUCGCAGGACCCCCGCACCAAGGCUGGUCUCUACUGGGGCUACUCGGUCCGACUGGCCUCCUGCCUCAGUGCCGUGUUCACAGAGGCCCCCUUCCAGGAUGGGUACGACCUGACCAUCGGGACGUCAGAGCACGGCUCCGACGUGGCUUCUGCCCAGAUUCCCAGCUUCAGGCAUGCUCUCGUGGUAUUCGGGGGUCUGCAGGGGCUGGAAGCUGGAGUGGAUGCUGACCCCAACCUGGAGGUGGCUGAACCCAGUGUCCUCUUUGACCUGUAUGUCAACACCUGCCCCGGCCAGGGCAGUCGCACCAUCCGCACAGAGGAAGCCAUCCUCAUCUCCCUGGCUGCCCUGCAGCCCGGCCUCACCCAGGCCGGUACCCAGCCUAGCCGAGAGCUCCCGUCGGACUGAAAGUCCCAGAGCAGCAGCAGGGAAGCCAGGCCUCGUCCCAGACACAGCCAAGACUCCAAAAAUAACCAUCUUUAAUGCAACCCGGCCCCUCACCCCCCAAAGUCUGGCUGGGUUGCCACCCCUACUUGCUGCCUGCAGUGAUGGCUUUGAGGCUGCCCGCCCGUGCCAGGAUGUUUGGCACGAAGAGCAGCCCGGAGGCCCGUUCGAUGCUCUCGAUGGGCACCAGGAAGCGCUCCAGGGGGGUGGCCUCAUCCACAGGUGCGUUGGGCAUCACGUAGGAGCGGAGCUCGAUUUGCCCGCCUGCUGCCUCCAGGAUCAGCACCUUGAAGAAGUGUGUGGGCACUGCCACGUGGUUCUUGCCAAUUACCUGGUACUUCACGUAGGACUUCCCGUCAGCCUCCGUCCUGUGGGCAGACCCCAAGCGCUCAGUCAGUCUCCCUGGGGGAGCCUUCCCUGACCCAACCUCCAGUGGAGGUCGGCCCCAGCACGGCCCACAGCCUGAACCAGCUGCAUCUGGCUCACGCACCCAGGAGGUGUGAGCAGUGGCAAUAAAUGCUGCUCAAACUC